AUGGCCGGGCCCCAUACCUGCCCCCGGGAGCUGGUGCUGCCCCAGUUUCUGGUGGCAUUCGCGGGAGGAGGACCUGGAGAGAGCUCCUUCUGCUCGUGCUGCUGUGUCCAGUGCAGACCUGAGCAUCCUGAGGAUGGAGGCAGGGAGAAGGAGACUGUCCCUGUGGCCGUCACUGCCUUGGAGGUCGUGGGGACUUUGCUAAAGCAUCUGCAAGACCAUGAGGGUGACCGAGUGGAGAUAUACCGGGAGCUGGAGAGCGUCUUGCAGGGAGACGAUGGCCGUUUGCCGGGCGGCAUCGUGAACCGCCUGAUAGCAGAGGCAUCCAGCGACAUGCGGGCAGCCCAGGGUGUGACAGACGACAUGAAGACGGCUGCUAGCGAUGUCCUGGUGGCUCUGGCCCGCUCCCACUUCCACUUUGUCAUGUCGGAGCUCCAGAGACACCUGAAGGCCAUGGGGAAGGUUCCGGAGGAGUUUGUGCUCCUCACCCUAGGCAAACUGUCCCGCAGCUACGCCCUGCAGUGCAUCCCCUUUGUGGGAAUGACGCUGUUGGCCCUGCGCGCCAUGCUGAGCCAGGUGGGGAGCGGCCGGAUCCUGCGCACCUUCUGCAGCGUUGUGGAGCAGUGGUCGAAAGGGGUCACCGCAUACUUCUGCAGCCGGGAGCAGUGCCCCUUCCCUCGCAGUCGGGAAGCGCGGCUGUGCCGAGACAUUUACCCGGUCUUCCGCUACGUUGUGGCGAAUUUGCUGCACUGCGAGGAGGAAGAGGACAAGCAGGCUGUCCUCGGGGCAGUGACUGCCAUGACGGUGGCCCUUCUGCACGGGGAGCGGCACGGAUACCAUGCCUGGGAGCCGUUCCUCUGGCUCCUGCAGCAAUAUCAGGAGGUGCGAGACACCUCCCAGGUCACCAAGGCUUUGUUCCUACGGCUCUGUGAUGUGACCAAAGAGCCUGGCCUGGGUCGCAAGGCAGUGCUGUCCCGCUGCAUCGUGCUGCUGGGUAAGGAGCGGAGGCUGGGCGAUGCCCCGCUGUGCCGUGGCAGCUCUGUUCCAGUCCUCAGCAGCUGGAGGCAGCUGCCUGCUAACGCAGAACGUGAUUUCUUCUCUGCAGCCCGCACCUACCCGGAGGAGACGAUUGCGUUUCUGCGCUGCCAGCUGAGCAGCAGGAGCAAUGCCUAUCGCGUGGCAGCUCUGGGCCUGCUGAGAGAACUGGCCCGCUCUGAUGACCCUGCAACAAGAGAGCAGCUGCCGCAGCUGGUGGAGGCCGUGCGGUCGGUGUGCAGCAACCCCAGUGCCCAGGUGCAGACAGCAGUUGUGGAGUUCAUCAGGGAGCUGCUGAGCUCUGGCUCCCAGAGCUGUCAGGAAUGGGAUGUGGUGGGGCACAUCUUCAACGAGUUCGGCCGGAUCUCGGGCAGACUGGUGGCAGAAGGCCAUUUGGCCUGGGAAAACCCGGAGGAACAAGCUCUUCAAGCCCUGUGCAUGGAAAUCGUGGGCUCGCUGGACGUCUCUCUGAGAGGGAUGACCAAGCUCCUGUGGCCGAGGCUUCUGGAGUACGUGGUGCCAGCCCAGUACAGCGGCAUGCUGAUCCCGCUGUCCCGCUGCCUCCGAGCCCUCGUGGAGAGGCAGGAGAGAGCGGGGCACGAGGAAGAAGAGAAGCCCGAUGCCGUGAACUCCCCGGAGCAAGAUGGGAGCCCUGGAACAACCGAGGUCUCCCUGGACUCUGCAGACUGGGAGGAGCGUAUGCUGAAGUUCCUGCGAGCGUCGCUGGAGCCCAUCGAAGACGGGGCCUGGACCGUGGGGCUGAGCCAGGAGCUGAGCCAGCAGCUGGGCAGCUCUGUCCCCGGCUCCUGGGAGAAGGCGUGCCCCAGCGGCUGGCUACAGCCCGGCGUGAUGGCUGGCUUCGCCCGCUCCCAGGGCCAGUCAGGCCCUUCUGGGGCCAGCCCUCUCGUGACGGGUCGGGCCAUGACUGCAGCUCAGGCUCGGCCUCUUCCCUUUCAGCUGUUCCUCUACCAGGCUCUCGGGACAGCGCUGGCGGCUUGUCGGGACCUCGGACACGUCCGUGGGGAGGUGCUGAGGUUCCUUCAGGAGGCGAACCCUAUGGAGCUGCCUGAGGCCCAGGGCAUGAUUUCUGUUGUGUCCCGUGCUGCCGAGAACCACUUCCACCUGGUCUUGGACACGGUGACAAUGUUCUCCUCCGCUUUCACCGGAGACUGGCUGUGUCAGACUUCCACGGGCUGGAAGGUACAGCAGCAGCAGAAUAAGGAGAGAGCCCAGGCCACUUGCGCUGCUCUGAUGCACACCUACAGCAGCAUAGCCCUGUGUGCACCCAAGGAGCAGCUGCUCGCCUGCGUGGAGAAAGAAAUUGUGGGCAACAUUCUGCAGCUCUGCGGAGCCAGAGAGAGGGACUGGCAGCUCAAGCUGGCCUUGGUGCAGAGCGUCACUGAGGUCAGCAGUGCCAUCCAGGCUGUGGGCGACUGCGGCAGCUUUGAGCUCGGCUUGAAGCAGAAGGUGAUGUGGACCCUGCUGGACUGGUUGGAGAGGGAGCCGUGGGACUCCCUGGUGCAUGGAGUGUUGCAGCCCCUGGAGAAGUUGAGCAAGCUGAGGCCACUUCUGAGCCAGGAGGACAAUCGGAAGCUGCUGGCAGUGUGCUGCCACAGUGUCGUGUCCUAUCCGCCUGAGAGGCAGAAGGGAAGGCAGGCAGCGAAGGCAGCUGUAAACGUUCAGGUUCUGCACAGCAGAUGCAUGCAAGAUCUGGGCCACCUCAUAGCAACUCUGCUGGAGGCGGAGGCAAGCUCGACCAGCUUGGACGACGUGGUCGAUGUGCUGAAGGACUGGCUCACCUCGGGGACAGAAUGGGAGCGGGAGAGAGCCCUGUGGAUUUUAGCCCAUGUGCUGGGAGCUUACAAGGAGCGAUUUGAGCUGAUGAGAGGACGUCCUUGGAAUGGCUUCGGCUCCCUGGUGGGACUGCUGGGCACUCUGACUUGCGACUGCGUUGCCACGAUCCACCAGAGGCCGUGGCUCUGCCUUGCCUACCUUCUCCAAAUACAAGCCAAGACCAGGAAGGUGGUGUCUGGGGCAGAUGAGAUCAGGCGCCUGUGUGAGGAGCUGAGGAGCCCAGAGCCCGAGACUCUGAAAGAGAACGGUGUCGCAAUAGCAAAGGCCAUUUGCAAAUACAUCCCUCCAGCGCAGGCGAGAGACUUUCUGACCGCUGUCCUGGACAGCCUCAGGCACGUCAGACCCACGUGUGUGAAGGCAGUGUGGAAGUGGGUGUGUCGCUUCCUGGUGGAAUCCACCGAGGAAAUAGUCCCGGAGAUGCCAAAAAUCCUGCAGACCCUUUACACCUACAUGGAGAAGAGCCCCCACAGGCCCUUCUCUUUCCAUGCGGUGUUCUUCCUCACCUGCUCUCACCGGGAGCCUGCGAUCAGCUGUCUCCUCCAGAAGGGUCUGCCCAUGGACGGAGACACGGUGGAGCUGUGGAGGAGCCUCGGGAGAAGCACCAUCGGGACUCGGGUCCUGAAGUGCUUAGCAGAGAAACUGAACCGAGUGGGGAACAACUGCCUGCAGGAUGAGGACUCUGCUUGUGAGCGGCACAGCCGUCGCGCUGCUCUGGAGGCUGUGACGAUCACCCAUGCCAUCUCCGAGGUGGUGCUAGCUCUGGGGAGCACAGAGGAGCUCAAGCGGCUGCUUCCCCACCUGCUUCCCAGCCUCCUGAGGUGGGCCAGUGAAACACUGGGUGAGGAGAGAUCGCUUUCUCCCCUGAGCACCUGGAGAGAGCUGUUCCUCGAGUGCGGGAUCGCUGAGGAGAAGCCUUGCAGGCUUUUCCUUGUGGCUUUAGAGAAGGUGCUGGGCAGAUGCCUGGCUGACAAAUGGAUGCGGCUGCUGACGAAUCAGGCGGCCUGGGCUCUCCUGGAAAAUCCCCUCUGUCACCCUGAUGGGGUGACUCUCCUGACCAGCGUCCUGCUCCGCGCUGAGCUCGUAUCGCCGUGUCUGAUGAAGAACCUCUCGGCAUGGCUCGAUUCCCGCUCGGCGAAGCUGUGGGUGACAGCUGAAGCUUUCUUUGCUGAGGAAUACUUGUCUGUGAAGGAGAGGCUCGCCACCAGGAUGCUGUCUUCAUCAGCCUUUUUGAGAUGGAGACAUCAACUACAGAAAGACCUGGGGAGAGGGCUGCUGAUGGUGAAACGCUAUUCCCCGUUGCUUUUUGGUGUUUAUCGGAGGUUUCAGGUCCCUCACUCUGCAGCAGAAGAGCUCAUGCUUCAGCAGUAG